UUCAAGUCAAGCAACCAAAGUCGGCGCACGCCUUUGCCAGCGCACUGGCAGAGCACAGAGCAGAGAGCAGAGAGCAGAGCUCAAGACGCCAAUGGCCACCAAUGCGUGCUCUUCUGACCUGUGACGCACCUGCCCAGCCUACAUCACCUGCUCCUGCGCCGACACAGCCUCGGCGGCUCCGACAGAGGCCGCCGCCAAACAAGUGAGGGUGUCGAGUGACAUCCAAUUGCUCAGCUGCGACACAAAGAAGGCCAAGCCCGGCUGGGGCAGUUGCGACCGACUCAACUCAAUCGCUUCCCGCCUGACACUCAAUCUCACCCAACCCAACUAACGCGCAUUAUCACCUCGAUCCCUGCUGCUGCCACUCAGCUGGCCUGUCUACGGUACCUACCCACCCUGGGCUGCCUGCCGUCAAACCAUUCUUGGGCUGUCACGCACACAGCCUUUCUGCCCGCUGCCCCGCCCACGACCAAGGCUGCUGUUAUUUGUGCUGCGACUGGGCGCAAAUCCUUGCUGGCUUGGGCCAGCGGUGGUGACUGCUGGGUGCGCCAGCCUAGACAAGGCGAUUAUGAACAGCCGCCACAACCAUGAGCGAAGAAAAGAAGAAAGGGGGCUUCUGGGGGUCGCUGUUCCGCUCCAAGUCGAGGCGCAAAGGCAAAGACGGCUACGAUGACGACGACUCAAACGAUGACACGAGGGAUCACGACGACUAUGAGAGGCGGAGCCCGGACCGCCGCAGGCACUCGGAGCCGGGCAUGGGCCGGGACAUUGGCCACGGAGACGACUCGGCCUCACCAUCAUCUUCAGCCAGCCCCGUCCGCCGCCCGCUGUCCAAGCACAGCGGCGCCGACAAGGGCAAGGGCAAGGCCCGGCGCGACUCGACUGCCCCGGCCGGGACUUGGCGGAGGAGGCGCCGGCGUGGGCCGCUGACGGACUGGCCGCCGUCCAACGUGCCAAGCGAGGAGGACCUGACGCUGGGCCACGCCAUGGACCUCGUGUCGCGCGGCGCCCCCGUCUUUACCGGCCACCGCCGGCCCGUGCCGCACGCCUCGGAGAGCUACUAUGCGCUCUUUGCGACCGCCUCGGCCGGCGUGCGCGGCGCCGCGACCGACGCCGCAAACCUGCAUGACGCCAUGGCCCAGCUGAUGACGAUGCGCUGGACCGCCGCCACGGGCGCUACCCGCACCACCAGCAGUGGCCGCCCGGCCCCUGUUCCCGCCGCGCGCCCGUGGGAGACGCUGGAACAGCCCAGCCUGGCCUUCCACUUUGGCGCCCGCCCAGGCACCGUUGCGCUCAAUCGCUGGGUGUCGCGCGCGAGUUCACUGCCGCCCACUCUCACCCUGCGCGACACGGGCAUAGCCCUGCGCGACGCCGACCUCGAGCGGAUUAUGCGAAGGCUGCGCGAGCUCGAACGCUAUGGGCUUGAGGACGACGACGAGAAGCUCAUGUACAACAACCUGUACGGCAAGUUCCUCCGCGACCGAGGCAAGCCGCUCAGCCCCCACCGCACCAUUGACAAGCAGAUCACGGACCUGAUUGAGGUGCUGUCGCGCCCUGGCUGGUGGAUCGACUUCUCGGACCCGCGCAACCAAAUCGCCACGCGCUUCAUAUUCGACCGCGGCGAGCAGAACCACGAGCAGUACGUGCGCUUCUUCCACCAGCUCCUGUUUAGCUGCGAGCUCGACCUGCGCAUCAACUCGAGCCAGCAUUCCGAGAACCCCCGCGAGAAGAUACUGGCCCAACUGCCGCCCACCAUCCAGUGGAGCAUAGCCCUGUCCCGCCGCUGGCGCGACAACAUGCGCAUUGACGAAUUUGGUGACACGGCCAAGCAGGUCAAGCUGCGGCUCAAGCUCAAGAGGCGCCAGAUGUCCAUGCUCAAGCGCUUCGCCCAGAUGAUGAAGUGGCCCAACCUGGCCGAGAUGCUCGAGAACAUGGCCGACGAAGACUCGGAGGACGCCCUUGGCGCCGUCAGCUCGCACGCCAUGGCCUUCUUCAGCGGCCUCGUCCUGCCCGGAAUGAGCUUCCCGUUCCUGAUGAUGAACUCACUCAUCGACGUCGACCCGGACCACGCCACCGACGAACUGGCGCUGCUUACCCACCUGCACCCCUGCUGCGGUUUUCAGUACAGGGGUAGCUACACCUACUGGUCGUCGGCCUCGGUCGUUGGCCGCGUCCUAGCCCCGACGUGCCGCGAGGUCGGUGGCUGGGUUGGCCCCGCGCGCCCGACGCGUGACCUAGCACGCACCCAGAUUGCAAGGAUACGCACCAGGCGGCCCAGGCUAGCCGGCCCGGGCACCAAUCCCGCCGCCGGCGCCUCCGUCUCGCCGUUACCGCCCACAAUCCUGCUCGACUCCACCCCUCUCUCGCCUACCACCCCUGGCCCGCAGCCACAUUUCCAGGGCCUGCGCCUCAUGUCCCCCGACGAAGUGCUCUCGAUGCGCGAAAGGUCCGACCCGCUCGGCCCACCCGCCGAGUCCUUCCCCGUGCUCGACUACGACCUGCCGAGGCCGCAGGGCGACUCGGCCGGCACGGGCGAGAUUGUGGACACGGUCCGGGUCGAGAAGCUCACGCUACGCCGCAUCAACGCGCCGGGACCGGUACCUGGAACGGCGAACCCAUCGACUCCUAUGCUCGGCGGCGAAGGCCAACCGCCACCACCACCCGCCCCCGGCGGCGGCGGCGGCGGCGGCGGGGUUGGCGUCUUCGACGCGGGGAUCCAGUUCGCCAUCGACGGCGCCCCGUGGCCGCUGAGACUCAGCUUCGAGGUCGAGUUUGUGAGCGCGUGGCCGUGCGUCGAGGGGCCGCACCCGCUCUUCUACGAGUACGCCUACGCGUCCGUGCCCGUCGACCGCGUCGUCGAGAUCCGAGACUGGGGCGGCAUGUACGGCGGUGGCAUGGGCGAGGGGGCCGUGUCGACGAGCUCGCUGGGCGGCAUGAUGUCCUCCUCGGCGGCCAGGGGCAAGAUGCCGCAGCGGCCGCCGCCCGUGGUCAGGGACCCGGCCGACGACUCCAAGGUGCUGGUCGUCGAGGCGUUUGGCGUGCCCGACAACGAGGUGCUGGCGCGCGCGUGGUGUGCGCACUGGGGGCUCAAUGCCAUCGUGGCGGAUGUGAGGAAGACAUGCAUGUCGUGCGCCAUCCGCGAGGCGUACGCGGCGACCCUGACGGUUGUUAUUCUUGUCGAGGACAUCAAGCAGGAGCCCGACAGGUGAAGGAUACCCAGCAAGCGGCCAGUCGACGAGCCGAGUUUUAUAAUCUUCUUCAACUCUUUCUACUUUAUUGAUGCUCCAAUCAUUCGGCGGUGGAUCAUGAUGGGCAUGGAGUGUUUGCUCCGCCCGAAUUUGGAUGAUGGGAUCGCCUAUCUAGUUGUUGAACCUGCGAAGAGAACUAGAUUGCCUCUGUGGUGGAUGUGGAUGGAGCGAAGGGGGCCGCUGCCUGGAGAAGAUCAAAUUACAUAUUUCAGCAGGUCGUUGUAAGUUUGGGCUCGGAUGGUCACUGGAAAAAUACCCCUUUGUUAGAUCAGCGAAUAUUGAUAC